AUGGCCAAUCCUACCGCAACACUCGCUUCCCUCCUUCGAAGCGCCUCUAUCACAGACCAUGACGAAAUUCUCAAAGCUACAAAUGCCGUAUUGAAGACUUCUAAACUCGACUCCAGUGCCCUACAUACCCGCGCCAUUGCCCUCCUCAAACUCGAUCGAUUCGACGAUGCACUAAGAGCGCUCGAUGACGGUGGGGACAAAUUGGCUUCGCAAUGUAUUCUCGAACGCGCUUAUGCUCUCUAUAAGACAGGGAACUUGGCAGAUGCGGAGAAAGUAUGUAAAGAGGGCAAUAGUAGGGGCUUGAAACAUGUUGCAGCACAGGUUGCGUAUCGUGCUGAGAGAUUUGAGGAUGCGCAGGAGAUUUACAAGCAAUUAGUAGAGGGUACGGAAAUUGAAGGUGAAGAUAUGGAUUUGAGGAUUAAUGGCCUGGCUGUGGAUGCGCAAUUGGCGUGGCAAGGUGGAAACGGUGAAAUGGAGAGCAGGAAUGAAGACUUUGAGGCAUUCGAGACGGCGUACAAUGUUGCAUGCGGUUGCAUUGCAAAAGGAGAUUAUAACAAGGGCAACUUUCUGCUGAAGAGGGCAAGAGAUUUGUGUGAGGCUCUAGAUGAAUUGAGUGACAAGGAAAAGAGGGCAGAAAUUUUACCUAUCAUGGUACAACAGGCCUUUGUGCUGACGAAAUUGGGCAAGACUGAGGAGGCAGAGGUAUUAAAAAAGAUGAUCGAUGUCGCUGAUGUACCGGAACCUCAAACAAAAAUCAUCGCACAGAAUAAUGCCUUAGCUACAUCGAAAGACAUUCAAAAUCCAUACCUUUUGAAAAGGAUCUUUGACUCGGUGCCCAAAUUGUCGCAUGGAGAGAGGCAAUUCGAGCAUCAAGCGAACAUUCUGAACCGAAAUCACUACACUAUUGAACUUCAGGCUCUGAAAUAUGGGGGCGUAGCGAAGUCUACAUUAUCCGUUAUCUCGAAAUCGCCAUCUCCAACUAUCUCACCAUCAAUUAAUAGUCUUUCCGUCCUUAAUGCCGCAGCUCACGCAGAAGAUAAAGCCGAAAAAGCCGCACUAAAGCAGAUACUACGACUCCUUGAGAAACGACCAAAUGAUGUUGGAUUGAUCCUUACCAUCAUCCAACUUUACGUUUUGACGAACAAUCCUAGCCCAGCAAUUUCCCUUCUUGAAGCAUUUUUCAAGCGUCUCGAGGAAUCCACCAAUUCCUCAGACCAAGACGUCCGAUUUGCGCCUGGAUUAGUGGCGCUUCUCGUAUCUCUUUAUCGUUCGACUGGCCGCACGAGCUCUAUAAAUGCAGAGCUUGGAAAAUCAGCCUCGUAUUGGCGACUGAAAUCAAAACCUUCCCCGUCUCUCUUCCACGCAGCAGGUAUCUCCCUACUUCAAUCCUCCGAUCCCGAAGAUUCCAAAGCAGCAGGCGAAAUCUUUUCUUCCCUUCGCUCUCAAGACGCCACCGACCGUAUAGCAAUCGCCGGGUGUGUCGCGUCAUACGCCUCAUCUGGUUUCUCCAAGAUAUCCUCAGACCUCGAUAAACUUACUCCGAUCUCCAAACUCAUCUCCGAUAUCGAUGCUGAAGAUUUAGAAAAUGCCGGUAUUCCAUCUAUAGCAUCGAAUAACGCCGCGGAGUCAUCCAACUUAUCAAAGAAACGCGCUUUAGACGAGAAAGAAAAUGACGCACCGACAAAGAAGCAAAAGACAAUAGGGACGCGCAAAUCUAAAUUACCAAAAGAUUUCGAGGAGGGGAAGAAAAUGGAUCUAGAGAGAUGGUUACCGCUUAAGGAUAGAAGUUCAUAUAGACCAAAGGGGAAAAAAGGGAAGAAGAAGGCUAUGGAUACUACUCAAGGUGGAGUUGUGAGAGAUGAUGCGCUAGAAGGAGUUGAAGCACCGGGUAGUGGAAAGAUCGUUACGGGUGGUGCAGGGGGUGCGAAGGGGAAGAAGAAGAAGGGAAAGAGGUAA